AUGUCUCUGUUCCAGUCGGCACUAGAUUUCCUCGCCGGGCCCGGCUCAUCCGGAGCGGCCAGUCGGGACCAGAAUGACUUCGUCGGACAAGUCGUGGAGCUCGGUGACAUGAAGCUGAGGAUCAGGAGAGUGAUCGCGGAAGGUGGCUUUGCCUUUGUGUAUGAAGCCCAGGACAUGAGCAGUGGUAAAGACUACGCCCUCAAGAGGUUGCUGUCUAAUGAAGAAGAGAAGAACAAGGAAAUCAUUCAGGAAGUCUGCUUCAUGAAAAAGCUGUCAGGUCAUCCAAAUACAGUUCAGUUCUGCUCCGCGGCCUCGAUCAGUAAAGAGGAGUCAGACACUGGGCAGGCUGAGUUUCUGAUCCUCACUGAGCUGUGUAAAGGUCAGCUGGUGGACUUUAUAAAGAGGGUAGAGCAGAGGGCUCCUCUAUCAUGUGACACUGUGCUAAAAAUCUUCUACCAGGCGUGCCGUGCUGUGCAGCAUAUGCACAAACAGAAGCCUGCUAUCAUACACAGAGACCUCAAGAUUGAGAACCUCUUGAUUAGUAACCAGGGCACCAUCAAGCUGUGUGACUUUGGCAGCGCCACCACAGUGUCACAUUAUCCAGACUACAGCUGGUCGGCACAGAAGAGGUCCAUGGUGGAGGAUGAGAUAACGAGGAACACCACGCCUGCAUACCGAACACCAGAGAUGAUCGAUCUCUAUUCCAACUUUCCCAUCAAUGAGAAGCAAGACAUCUGGGCGCUGGGAUGCAUCCUCUACCUGUUGUGUUUUAAGCAGCAUCCAUUUGAGGAUGGGGCCAAGCUACAAAUUGUCAACGGAAAGUACUCCAUCCCUCAGAACGACGUCAAGUACACUGUGUAUCACGACCUCAUACGUUCCAUGUUGAAGGUGAACCCAGAGGAACGUCUGUCUAUUACAGAGUUGGUCAACCAGCUCCAGGAGAUAGCAGCAGCCCGCAACGUCAACCCCAAGUCCCCCAUUACUGAGUUGCUGGAGCAGAACGGCGGUUUUGGCAAUAAUGGCGCACAGCCAUCCAUGCAGAUCCACAACAGCCACAACAAUGCAGGUGUAUAUGAUCCUGAUCAGUCUGGGAGUGGCCUGUUUGAUAUCUUAAAGGGAGGAACAGAGCGCUUCCUGACCAACAUAAAGGACACUUCCUCCAAGGUCAUCCAGUCAGUAGCUAGCAGCCCAAGCUAUGCCAAAGGGGACCUGGAUAUUUCAUAUAUCACCUCCCGAAUUGCAGUCAUGUCUUUCCCAGCAGAGGGAGUAGAGUCGGCAAUAAAGAACAACAUUGAGGAUGUCCGGCUUUUCCUUGAUUCACGUCAUGCUGGCCACUACGCUGUGUACAACCUCUCCAAACGAUCCUACAGGCCCUCUCGAUUCCACAACAGGGUUUCAGAGUGUAACUGGCAGGUGCGCCGUGCCCCUAACCUCCGCAGUCUCUACAGCGUAUGUAAAAACAUGCAUCUAUGGCUCAAACAGGACCAGCGGAACAUCUGUGUAGUACACUGCCUGGAUGGCAGAGCAGCAUCAGCAGUGGCAGUUUGCUCCUUCUUGUGUUUUUGCCGCCUUUUCACCACAGCUGAGGCAGCAGUCUACAUGUUUUCAAUGAAACGCUGCCCACCGGGCAUAACACCAUCACACAAGAGGUAUAUAGAGUAUAUGUGUGACAUGAUGGCGGAGGAGCCCAUCGUCCCUCACAGCAAGCCUGUAGUUAUACGCUCCAUCGCCAUGACGCCAGUGCCACUGUUCAACAAGCAGCGUAACGGGUGCAGGCCGUUCUGUGAAGUCUAUGUUGGAGAUGAGAGGGUCCUCACCACAUCACAGGAGUAUGACAGGAUGCAGGAUUUUAAGAUAGAAGAUGGGAAAGCAGAGAUUCCUCUCAAUGUUACAGUUCAAGGAGAUGUACUGGUUGUGAUCUAUCAUGCAAGAUCUACGCUGGGAGGACGUCUGCAGGCAAAGAUGGCAUCCAUGAAAAUGUUCCAGUUCCAGUUCCACACAGGCUUUGUACCAAGAAAUGCGACCACUGUCAAGUUCGCCAAGUAUGAUCUGGAUGCCUGUGACAUCCAGGAGAAGUACCCAGACUUGUUCCAGGUCAACUUGGACAUUGAGGUUGAAUCCAGGGACAGACCCAGCACCAAGACACCUCCGUGGGAGGGCUUCCAAACCAAGGGCCUCAACCCCAAGAUCCUUUUCUCCUCUCGUGAUGAACAGCAAGAGAUCCUCAGCAAAUUUGGUAAGCCCGAGCUGCCUCGUCAGCCAGGCUCUUCUGCAUUUUAUGAUUCAGAGUUGCCCCAGCUAGCUCAGACCCCUGACAGUUCCAAUGCAACAGAACCAGAGUCUCCUAUGAGCAAUGAUGCUAAUGCCAGCAACUUCUUCCAGACCCUGGACUGGGAAGAUGUGCGUGGCUCUCAGGAUACCUCAGACAACCAAGGAGGAGGAUCCAUGAAUGAGCAGGAGGACCUGAGUGAUCAAUCAGAAGGAGAGUCUGACUCGUAUUAUGCUGCCAGUGGGGAGCCAUUGUCACGUGACCACAGCGAGUCGCUGUUUGAUUCUAACUUUCAGACGGCAUCUCCUGCAACACCGGAGGCUCCUCCUGACGACACAGCUGACCUCUUGGGGUUGAACUCUGACCUUCAACCUCCAUCCAUGUCCUCAACCACCUCUGCUCCUCAACAAGGAGAUCAGGGAGAAAUGAAAACUGCUUCCAGCAACAGCGACCUCCUCAAUGACUUAUUUGCGCCUCCUGCUGGUCAGACAGGAGCAGUGCAGGAAGAUUUGUUUUUCAGCGGGCCGGCCAGUGGGGCCACACCAGACCAAAAACCAAUGGGAGAUCUUUUUGAUCCAUUUGGGAUGGGAUCUGGCUCUGGUGUCGGCUCCAGUGUUGGUUCAUCUCGUCAAGCCUCUGGACCAGACCUGUUUGGAGACUUGUUGGGUUCUGAUAGUUCAGCCACCAGUGGAUUUAGUUCAGCUCACAGUAACGCCACUCCCGCUUCUAACACCAGCCUCUUCAACCUCAAUAAACUUGUAAAUGAUACCCCUAAGAUGACAUCUUCAGCCAGCCAGCCAGACCUGCUCGGUGGAUGGGACAGCUGGGCAACAGGGACCACUGCAGGCAUGAGCACCACUGCUAGCAAACCCAGUUAUACCAAUGCAGCUUCUGGUAUGACAUCCAUGUCAAAGGCCAAGUCUCAGACCUUUGAUCCUUUUGCUGACCUGGGAAACCUGAACUCCAACUUGCCAGGUUCCUCCAGCAGUCAUUUUUCUGGGCCUUCUUUUGGCACAAAGGGUCCUUCUUCUUCUUCUUCUUCCUCUUCCUCUGCUAAGCCUCAAGCUCAGCCGUGGCAGGCUGGAAGACCCACCUCAGCCCAGAACAAACCUUGGAUGCCCGGACCAGGGUCUGGAUCUGGCCCUAAAGUGUCUACAGCAUCUCAGCCUGCAGGCUCGCAGUCCUCUAAACCAAACUACAACCUUAACUUCACUAGUGUCAUCGGUGGGAGAGAAGAGAGAGGAGUUCGUGGGCCUGGAUUUGGCCCCAAGCCAAAGGUAAAGGAAGAUGAUUUUGGGGAUCUGCUCUCAACUCAGGGUUUUGCUUCUAAACCUGACAAGAAAGGACCAAGAACCAUCGCUGAAAUGAGGAGACAGGAGAUCACAAAAGACAUGGAUCCUCUGAAAUUACAGAUUUUGGACUGGAUUGAAGGGAAGGAGCGAAACAUUCGAGCACUGCUGUCAACUCUUCACACAGUGCUGUGGGAGGGUGAAAUGCGCUGGAAGCCUGUGAGCAUGGCCGACCUGGUGACACCUGACCAGGUGAAGAAAUACUAUAGGAAGGCUGUGCUGGUUGUCCACCCAGAUAAGGCAACGGGCCAGCCUUAUGAACAGUACGCUAAGAUGAUCUUUAUGGAACUGAAUGACGCCUGGUCAGAGUUUGAGAACCAGGGAUCCAAAGCACUCUUCUAAAACCCUGGCCUGGAUCCCAGCUAGACCAGACCAGACCAGACUGGACUGGAUUUGGCCUAACAAAACAGCAGACUGGGCCAGAUUGGACAGGACUGAGCCCACAUUGGGCCUUAGGGGCAAAAAGCCUCUGAGAGGUGUCCUCUCUACCAUUCCCUCCCUCCUUCUUUAUUUUCUUCUGUUUCUUCGAUCCAAAAAAAAAAAAAAAAAAAAGACCUUUUGCCUCAUGUCUGGCUGUCGUGAAAGUUUCCUUGCUGUGGUCUAUAAGCAGCCAGUUAAAUAAACGUGAUCAUUCUUGAACUCACUGCCUACCUGUAUGACUGCCUGAGUGGUGCUGCAAACAUCAGGAGGAAGGAUUAGGCAACAAUCACGGAGAAGACAAAAUGGAAACAAAAACCAGAAAAUAAAAAGACUUCUAAAAUGAUCGUAGUCUGAUAAAACACCCCAACGCUAAUACAACGCUGAUAAAUCGGCUGUGGCUGGAUGUUGAAGUCAUUUGUGCCUGGCACUUGUGCAAACAAUCAGUCAUUAACUGACUGGUGAACCUAAAUUGAAUGUGGCUGUAAAUCAGUCAGCAUGCCGGCCGACGUGAAAGUCCAAAAGAUACAUUUUUGUGUUUAGUUGCCUCAAAAGAGCCAAGGCUGCUGUUGAGUCUAGGAACAUACCUGCCAUGGCCAGGACUGGAUUUUUAAAAAGAUCCUGCAAUGAUACAGAAGCAGGAUUUAAAUCUCCCCAGGAUUCUUAAAUGAGAGAGAUCUAUUGAAAAUGACCUCUAAUACAGAUACUGCUGCGCCUUUAGGGGUGAAGACUUGUUUGGGUUUGUUCUUGAGCUGUUUCUUCUCCAGAAAGUGAAGACAGUUGCCUGCUGAACACUACUAGUGCUGCUUCUACCAUUAUCAUUUUUGCUGCACACACUCCUGAGAUUGAUGUUAAAUCAUGCUAUAAACUCAAGUGGGCAGUCUGUUGUUUUUGAAGUGCUCUUUUAAUCCUUUCCACUCAGGCUACACCGUGUAGCUAACUGCAUGCUCUCCUACACCAACACC